GGUUAUAGAAAUAGGUUUACUGUUUGAUUUAGUUCUUUGGGAAAUUCAACUAUUUAGUCCCAGCAGAACAAUGAAAUGAAUGAAAUUCUAAUGUUUUAUCCUCACUGCUGUGUGUGUGUGUGUGUGUGUGUGUGUGUGUGUGCAGUGUGCUCGGUGCUAUCUGUUAUGGGUGUGUUGAGUAUAAAUUAGGUCAGAGGUGUGUACAGUGUGUGUUUGAUUGGUCAGCAGUAAAGUAGAGCUGUAAGGUAACGACAGGUAAAGGUGUGUGUGUGUGUUACAGUUGUGGUAUGUAAGUGUGUGUAGGGAUGUGUGUGUGUACACAGGUAUGUACGGUGUGUGUAUGUUAUAGAACUCCAGUGUACACAGACAGUGAUAUGCACGUGUAGGUGUGUGUACAGACGUGUGCAGUCAGGUGUAGUGUGUGUGUGUGUGUGUGUGUGUGUGUGUGUGUGUGUAGAGAAUGGAGUGGUUGUGGGCGGCCCUGUUCCCAGUGCUGCAGUUCUGUUUCCUGGCGCUGGUGCUGCUCCUCAUGCUGCCCGCCAUGUUCGGCCUCUCACUGGGCAUCACUGAGACCUACAUGAAGAUCCUCAUCAAAACCCUGGAGUGGGCCACACUGAAGAUUCAGAAGAGCAAUCUGGAGGAGAUGAUCAAGCACUCUUCAUCUAACAGUCUGAUCCAGAGGGACGACUCUUCGUUGGAGAAGGAGAUCGGCGAGCUGCGGCGCACUAGGCCCAGGUCGGCGGCGGGCGGGGCCUUCACACUGAGUGACGUGUUUUACUUCAGCAGGAAGGGCAUCGAGAGCAUCGUGGAGGACGAGGUGACCCAGAGGUUCAGUUCUGAGGAGCUUCAGUCCUGGAACCUGCUGACCAGAACCAACAUCAACUUCCACUACAUCUCACUCAAACUCAGCGUGGUGUGGGUCAUCGGGGUCGUCGUCCGCUACGGCGUCCUGCUGCCCCUCAGGAUCACGUUGGCGUUUAUCGGGCUCAGCUGGUUGGUAGUUGGCACGACGGUGGUGGGAUUUCUACCAAACUGCAGACUGAAGGACUGGUUCAGUGAACUGGUUCAUGUCAUGUGUUACCGGAUCUGUGCUCGAGGUCUCUCAGCUACAAUACACUAUCACAACAGAGAGAACAAACCGCAGAAAGGAGGAAUCUGUGUAGCCAAUCACACUUCACCCAUCGACGUGGUGAUUCUGGCUAACGAUGGAGGCUAUGCCAUGGUGGGGCAGGUCCACAGGGGUCUGAUGGGUGUGGUGCAGCGGGCGAUGGUUCGGGCGUGUCCACACGUCUGGUUUGAGAGGGCGGAGAUGAAAGAUCGUCACCUGGUGACACAGCGACUGAGGAAUCACGUUCAUGACAAGAAGAAACUACCCAUCCUCAUUUUCCCUGAGGGAACCUGCAUUAAUAACACGUCAGUAAUGAUGUUUAAGAAGGGAAGUUUUGAAAUAGGAGGCACCAUUUAUCCUGUAGCUAUAAAGUACGACCCUCGGUUCGGUGAUGCCUUCUGGAACAGUGGGAGGUACAGCAUGGUGAACUAUCUGCUGAGGAUGAUGACGAGCUGGGCCAUCGUCUGCAACGUCUGGUACCUUCCACCCAUGACCCAACAGGAAGGAGAGGACGCUGUGCAGUUUGCUAACAGAGUGAAAUCUGCUAUUGCCAGACAGGGGGGUCUGGUGGAUCUGAUCUGGGAUGGAGGUCUGAAGAGAGCGAAGGUGAAGGACACAUUUAAGCAGGAGCAGCAGAAGAUGUACAGCAACAUGGUGAUCGGAGACGACAGCGGCGACUAAACACCCCAAAAUCACCCGAAAUGCCAUCAAAGCUUCACAGCAACGUGUCAGAAUAAAAAAAAUGUUAUAAAUGUUUCACAAAUAAAAUGAUGUAUUUUUAUAAUCUAUAACGCACUGCUGAUGCAUCUGUGAUGGUUUAUUAUUCUCAAUAAAUGAAUAUCUGAUGAAUAAAAAAAACCAUCUUUUUUUAUUCAUCAGAAACAAGUGUCCACACUCAUCAUGACUUUGUACUGUAUAUACGUGUAGUUAAGAAACGAGAACAUUUUAACCACAUGAACUUAACAGGCUAAUAAAGGGAAGCAGUCCAAAAAAAGAACAUGCCAAAAUUCCUUAAUCAGAGGUGAGGCUCGAUUAUUGCUGGGUAUAAAUCAGACUAUUUACCACUGUCUUUUCUAAAGCUGAACACAUUAUGUGGGCAUUUAAAUUUAGAAUAGUUUUAGUGUUAGAAUAGAUUCAGCCUCUUUAGAUGUUAUCACUAUAAUUUACUGUACUGGUAAAAAACCUGCUGUUGCUUUUUCUGUCCCUGUGAUCCAUGUGAAGCUUCUAAUUCAUAACAGAACGUGUUUUUGAGGUUCUUGGAUUAAAUCUAACCAUCCAGACACAUUUCCUCACAGUGCAGAAUGGCAGGUUGGGUUUUCUUAACAACCUUAACCAGAGACCACUGUUCCAUGUUCUUUAUAAGUGCGGUCAAACUAGCCCUGUUUGCAUAGGAAACAGAGAGAAGUCAUUAUAUGACAUCGUAAAUGUGAAAUGGCAUUAGAAAAACCACUCAAUUUAUUAUGUAAAUCAUUUGUGUGUGUGUGUGUGUGCAGCCUCAUUUUAAUCUUACUUGUGCAAAAAUGUUCCAGUAUGGAGGUUAUGGGGGGUGAUGUGGAUUGUUUGGGUUACAGCAUGAAUAAAAACGUUUAACAUGUAAAUGUUUCAUUAAAUAUGAGAGCUGGAUCAUCUUCAUUCACUCAUUCAUUAAUAAACCUGUGGCAAACCUGUUUGUUCAGGUUUAGUUUUGUGUUUCUGGGCGUCAGCAGGUGAUUAUGGAUUAUAAAAAUAAUAGAUUUUAACCUGUACAUAUAAAAAGCAGUAAGUGUAUAUAGUUUAUUAUUAUUUAUAAGAUUCUGUGUUGGUGUGAAAUGUUAAAAUGAACUUUCAUCUGGAACGAGAAACUUUUAUUAGAAAAGUGAAAGUAGAAAAGUUCUGAGAUUAUACAACAACAAAAAAACUGAAAAUAUAGGAGACUGUACAUGGUAAGCUUAUUAUUAUUAUUAUUAUUAUUAUUAUUAUUGUUGUAUGAAUGUAUGAAUUUAUUACAGAUUAUACAAAGUACCAUGUGAGUGAGUUUGUGUUUAUACAAACUUACACUAUAAUUAAAUUGAUCAUUAAAUAUUCAUUCUGAUCAUUACACCAACACUAGUGAUUGUUUUUGUUUAAUUACACUGUAUGUGCAAAACUACAUGGUUAUCUUUUCUAAACAGUGAGAUUAAGAGUUGUAGCUGCACUAGUUACUAACAGGUGAAUUAAAUGAAUGAAUAAAUAAAUAAAUAAAAUAAUAAAACUGUGAA